AUGCGCGAGUCCAAUUUUCAUUUCCCCUCGCUCAACAAGGCGUGCGUGUCGAUUACGUCUGCGCUAUACGACCGGCGAGCCCUGGACUGCACAGCUGACCUGCCGCUGGUGAACUCACUGUCUCACCUCAACUACUUGACAUCGUCGUCGGCGCGCAUUCGAGAGAUUCUGACGACCGACGGCGGGCUGGAGCGGCUGGUGCGGAUUCUGCGGACGACCAAGGUGACGGAGGACACACUGCACAGCUGGAAGUGGACAAUGGCGUUCCACUGCAUAGUCAACGUCGGAGUGCGCGGGUCGCAGGAAAUCCGGCAGCGCGUGGUGCAGGUGGGCGCGGUGCCAAUUUUGGUUGAAAUCCUGAACGCAUAUCUGAUGGGCACCGAGGUCAUCCAGCUGGAGCAGCAGUACCGGGCCGCCCUGAGCGCCCACAUGGAGCAGCCGCUGCCCAAGAUGCUCGACUUUAACCCGAAUGAGGCUGGUACCGCGGACGAACACUCGGAGAUUAGCGACCCGUCAAACACAAUUAUAACUGUUCACUCCAUUGCGUCGGGCGCGGCACACUCUACCGGUGCAGCUUCGUCCCGGUCCUCGGGCUCGGCUGCUGCCGCUGCUGCUGCGCGUAACAAUGCUGCCCAGGCUGCCGCUGCCGCUGCCGUCGCCGCGGUGUCUGGUAUUAACCCUAUCCCAGUUUCUGUUCCUCCUAUGCAGCAGCAACAGCAGCAGCAGCCGCCGCAGACUGGAGAUGCCUCUAGCCAGCAGCAGCAGCAGCAACAACAGCAACAGCAGCAGCAACAACAGCAGCAGCAGCAGCAACAGCAAACACGGCGGCCUGGCGAAGGCGCCCAUCCCUUGGCGCGGCAGGUGUUCCCCGAUGGCGCUACAGUUCCGCUACAUAUGAGCGCUCCCUACCUGUUUGCUGAGCAGGAGCGGCUGCGCGACAAGUUCGAGGCGGCCCAGCGCCGCCUGCAGUCCAUCGACCACGUCAUGUAUCGUCACGACGAGGUGGUCCUGGCGCUGCAGCUGCUGGCAUACCUGACCAAGACACCGGCCCAGCGCGCCCUCAUCCACGAGUGCCCGCUGCUGUAUUCGGAGAUCCGGCGGACCAACGCUGCCACCUGCCCUACCAACAUGUCGGGUUAUGCGACUCCAGGCGACCUUACCGAUGCCGUGCAGGCAGCCGAGGCAGCAGCGGCAGCCAAUGAAGCAGCCGGGCUCCCACCAGCCCGCCGCUACCCGCCCACCAAGGGAACCGUGGUGGACGUGUUCUCUGUGGUGGAACGGUUCGCAUUCCAGCGCACGUUCCCGUCGGACAUGGUAUACUGGUCCAGCAUCGUCAUGCGCAACAACUGCCGGCGAGACGAGGCGCGCAACGGGCUGCGGCAGUGCUCGUAUCUCAAGUGCCAAAAGUGGGAGCGCCAGCAGCGCGAGUUCGCAAAGUGCCGCCGGUGCCGCAAGGCCAAGUACUGCUCCAAGCAGUGCCAGAGCCGCGCCUGGGCCGAGGGCCACCGCAACUGGUGCACCGAGCGCAACCCGUCGGGCGGCUUCGAUGACGCCCACGCGGACACCGCCGUGCAGCAGGCCGCCGAUGCUGCUACUGCUGGUGCAAUGGUGGCCGUGGCAGCUGAGCCAGCCGCCGCGGCACUCCACCACAACCACGGCCAUGCCCACCAGCAUAGCCACGCACCUUCGCAGCACACGCCUGCCCAGUCGUCCGCUACUCUCGGUAAUGCCGAGUCUGCAGAGAGAUCUGCUUGGGUGCAUAAUGCUGCUGGUGCUGCUCCCGCCAUGAGCGACGGCUCGGCGACACAUGACGAUCCUCGCCAGCAAAGGGCUUUGCCUGUCCCCACCUACUUUCAGAGCACCAGCACAUACGCGGGAGGCGAGCAUCUAGCGGCGGGCAGCUCUCAGCAGCAACAGCAACAGCAGCAACAGCAACAGCAGCAGCAGUUGCAGAGACCCCACCACCACCCGUACUCACGGCUUGCCGAUGAGCCAGCCCACCAUGCCGUGUCUGGGCGGGGCCGGGUGCGUGGACCUGGCUCCAUCGAGUGA